GUGAUUAGGGUCUGGUCUCUCUCUCUCAAUCAAUCGAUCAAAGGCCCACGAAUACAAAUAUCGAAUCGAAUCAAUACUCAAUAACCCAACCGUUACGGUAUCAUUAUACAAUCAUUUCAAAUUUCGAUUCUCUCAUCCAUUAACCUACACUUGUUUUUAUCGCCCUUUCAGUUCAGGGUUUCGUUUUCAGGAGAAGGCUCAAGUGUAUAUAUCAGUUGUGAUUUGUUUCACGCAUGGAUGCAAGGAUGAAGCCAGAUAUUUUGGAGGUUCAGCCGCUGGAGCUUAAGUUCUUAUUUGAACUGAAGAAACAAAGCUCAUGUUCUGUUCAGAUGAUCAAUAAAACCAAUCAUCAUGUUGCUUUCAAGAUCAAAACUACGAAUCCUAAGAAAUAUUGUGUCAGACCGAAUACUGGAGUUAUUGAUCCAAAUGCAUCAUGUGAUUUUACAGUUACUAUGCAAGCCCCAAAGGUAGUUCCUCCUGAUAUGAUCUGCAGAGACAAGUUCUUAGUUCAAAGUACCGUCGUACCAGAGGGGACAAAGGAGGAGGACGUCACAUCUAACAUGUUUGCUAAAGAAGAUGGUAAAAUUGUCGAUGAAAAGAGGCUUAAAGUGAUCUUCAUCUCCCCACCAGACUCCUCAGAAUCAUCCCCAGUCAAUGAACCAUCAAAGCUAGUGCACGAUAACGAAAGUAGAGAAGUGAAAGAUGAUUUAGUUCAUGCCAAGGUUGAUGAAAGUAAAAGCAUAGAAGUGUCUAAACGGGAUGGAGAAAGUACAGAGGCAACAAGGAAGGAAGAAACUUACAAAAGGAAAGAACCUGUAAAAAGGAUAGAACAACCUGUAAAACCGAGCCAUGAAGAUAUCAAAAGAAAUGAAGAAUUUAUGCAGAUGAAUGAUACAGAAGAGCUGAUAUUAGCCAAAGAGUUUACAGAAAUGAAGUCAAAAGUGAUAGAACUUGAGUCGAGGCUUACCGAGGCUAAAGCAACUAUUCUACAUCUAACAGAAGAAAAAAGAUCGGUUACUCAGGAGAAGCACUUCUUACAGGGAGAACUGGAUAUGCUGAAAAGUAAGAGACACCGGGCUCAGUCCGGAUUUCCGUUGCUGUUCGUUUUUAUGGUUUCCCUUGUGGGCCUUUUUCUCGGGUACCUGUUGCACAGCUGACUGUGACUGCCUCUUUAUGUUUAUAUAUGUGUGCACAACUGCUGUUUCGUGUCAAUAUAGCUGUUAAGACUUAAGAGACCUGAAUAGCCUACGAUAUCUGGUCUUACUUAACCUGGUUUUGAAUCUUAAUGAAUAUUGGUAUGUAGACAAAUUAGACAGCAUUUUUCAUUUUGUGGUUGGUUGUACAAUCAUAGUGUAAUAAUAAUGGGACUUAUGGUUGGUUGAUCAA